UCCCUUUAAAAUAGAGAGAGAGAGGGAAAAAAAAAAAAAAACAAAAUCUCCAAUUUUAUUUCUCAUAGAAAAUUUCUGCAACCCAAGCACUCCAGCGAGAAAAAAAAUUCCUCUUCUCGAUCUAUUCGCCUUAGGUUUCGAGAGAUCUGAGGAAAGAGGAGAGGAAAGGAGGAGAUUAGAAUAUGGCGCAUAGAGUAGAUCAUGAGUAUGACUAUCUGUUCAAGAUCGUUCUGAUUGGAGACUCUGGCGUGGGAAAAUCUAAUAUCCUUUCCAGGUUUACCAGAAAUGAAUUCUGUUUGGAAUCCAAAUCCACUAUUGGUGUCGAGUUCGCUACUAGAACUCUUCAGGUGGAUGGAAAGACAGUAAAGGCACAGAUUUGGGAUACAGCAGGUCAGGAGCGGUACCGGGCUAUUACAAGUGCAUAUUAUAGAGGAGCUGUUGGUGCCCUUCUUGUUUAUGACAUAACCAAGAGGCAAACUUUCGACAAUGUUCAAAGGUGGCUGCGUGAAUUGAGGGACCAUGCAGACUCUAAUAUUGUCAUUAUGAUGGCUGGAAAUAAGUCUGACUUGAAUCAUCUAAGAGCUGUUGCAGAGGAGGAUGGUCAGAGCUUGGCAGAGAAGGAAGGUCUCUCAUUUCUGGAGACAUCGGCAUUGGAAGCAACCAAUAUUGAGAAGGCAUUCCAAACCAUAUUGACAGAGAUCUACCACAUCAUAAGCAAAAAGGCAUUGGCAGCACAGGAAGCAGCCGGCAAUUCUACUCUUCCUGGUCAAGGAACCACUAUUAAUGUUGCUGAUACAGGGAAUACGAAGAAAGGUUGCUGCUCCACUUAAUUCUAUACUUGAGGAAGGAUAGCAUUGGUAGCAAUCAGUCCUUUUAUUUUUUUUUUUAACAAUUAUUUUUUGAAAAAAAUUCUUUUUCAUUUUUUGGCUGAGAGAGGGAGACUGUAGAUUACUUGUUUUUUUACUUAAAUUGAGUUUGUGACAUUGAAAAAAAAAAAAAAAGGUCGGUGCUGUUAGAAUUUCAGGAUGGGAUGUUCUCUGUAUUUUUUUCUUGUAUGUUACUUUAAAGAUGGAACUGACUGAUAGCAGGGAUGUAGAGUGAAGUCACAUUAUCGCGAACCAUAAAAGGGGAAGCAUUUAGUACUCGUUAUGGGUUUUGUUUGUUGAUCUACUUCCUAACUUGUAAUAAAAGCUUCUUUCCCUUUGUGACA